CAAAAGCAGACUGUCAGUCGCCAAUAGGUUGUAGGCUACUUGUCAGCAAUAUAGGUACAUCUAAAACAGUAUGCUCUGGAAAGUAACGGUUUGCUGUGGCGCUUGGUUACUGGUUUUGAUCUCCAGUGGUGCCAUCAGCGCGAAAAAGCGCGAUCCCAGGACUGUGACUUUUACGCGGACUCUGCGCACGGAGAAGUUGGGCCAAGUGCGCUCGCGGAGCCGAAGGGAAAGCUGGUUUGGCGCGUCCAACUUUGCGUACUGCAGGCAGCCUUUAGAUCAGACCGACCAUGAAACUCUGGACGAGAACACCCAUGAGACUGGGUUCCAUGGUGAUGAUGGAUCUAGCUUCACUUUAACAUGGGUUGGAGAUGGCACUGGAGUGAUUCUUGUUUUAUCCACCAUCAGUGCACCAUUGGAUACAUUCUAUGAAGGAGGAUCCUCACGCCUCUAUCGGAGUGAGGACUAUGGAAAGAACUUUCACGAUAUCUCACACGUCAUCAACAACACGUUCAUUCGGAAGGACUUUGGGGUCAGUGCCGGACCUGGAAACUCAAAACAGGUGAUUCUCACAGCUGAUCUUCCCAUCACCAAGACGGAAGGGGGUGUCAUUUUCACCUCGGAAGACACAGGCGUGUCCUUCACAUCUGUCAGUCUGCCUUUUCAUCCUGCUCAGCCAAUCACCUUCAACUUCCAGAAUCCCAACUAUCUUGUGGCUAUUAGCACCGAUGGAGGCCUGUGGCUCUCACUGGACUUUGGGAACAGAUGGGCGAAAGUCCACGAAGGAGCCCAUUCUUUUAUGUGGGGUGGAAACAUCACUCUGUACUUCAGCUACAGUCCGAAAGGAACGGUUGAGGCCGAUCGAAGAGGGGAGCUGUUCUUGAAACGGACAAAGGAUCUUGGCCUGACUUUCACAACCAUUGCAGAGAAUAUCUUCUCCUUUGGUUACAUUGGAGGGUUCCUCUUUACUUCAGUUAUGGAGAAACUGGAGUCACCACGUGUCAUCUAUGUAUCAUCUGACCAGGGGGACAAAUUCGACAGAGCUCGACUCCCCUCUGCCUCCACAGAACAGUUCUACUCUGUCCUGGAUGGGGAUGAAGACAUGAUCUUCAUGCACGUGGACAAACCUGGAGAGGACACCUACUACGGGACGGUGUACACAUCGGAUGAUCGGGGCAUCCUGUACUCCAAGUCUCUAGAGCGCCACCUCUUUGGCGGGGAGGGGAAAAGCGACUUCACAAACAUCACGUCGCUCAGAGGAGUUUAUCUCACUAACGUACUGGAAGAAGAUGGCGGCAUUCGGACUGUCAUCUCAUUCAACCGAGGAGGACAGUGGAGACUUCUGAAGAAGCCUGAGAAUGUCAAAUGUGGGGCGAAUGUUAAAAAGUGCAACCUGCACAUCCACGGGGAGCACAGCCGCUACAACAACAUCACCCCCAUGCUGCCUCUCACCGACCCCACUGCCAUCGGCCUGGUCAUCGCUCACGGUAGCGUGGGUGAGUCUAUGACUGCGAUGCGGCCUGACGUCUACAUCUCCAGGGAUGGGGGCUACACCUGGUUCUGCGUCCUAAAGGGACCCCAUCACUACAGCAUACUGGACUCGGGUGGACUCAUUGUGGCUGUGGAGGCCCACAAGGAUCGGCAGAUCAACUCCAUAAAGUUUUCAACUGAUGAGGGUCAGUGUUGGAAGUCCUAUAAUUUCACUGAGCACCCCAUAUUCUUUGCCGGCCUAGCGUCCGAACCAGGCAGUAAAACCAUGAACAUCAGUGUCUGGGGCUAUCGGCCUGAGGAUGAUGAUCAGCCCAUGUGGGUCGCCGUGACGAUUGAUUUUGAGAGUCUACUCACCCGAGAGUGUCGAGAAAGGGACUAUGUGACCUGGUUGGCUCACGCAUCAGAGGGCGGAGAUUCAAAGACGGAUGGGUGUGUCCUUGGCUACAAGGAGACCUACAGGAGGCUCAGAAGACUGGCUGUCUGCAAGAAUGGGCGGGACUACGUUGUCAUCAGGAAGCAGACGCCUUGUCCAUGUACUAUGGGGGAUUACAUGUGUGACUAUGGUUACUAUCGCCAUGAGAACAGCUCAGAAUGUGUGAAACAGGCGGAUUUCAAAGAAGAGACCGUGGAAGUGUGUGUGAAUGGAGUGGUGGAAAAGCUUCAGACCUCUGGCUAUCGGAAGGUCCCCAGUGAUAAAUGCGAAGGAGGCUUCUCACCCCUGCGGCGGAUCAAUGCAGCCCAUUGUGGGAAUAGCAGUCUGGCUUCGUCCACCAGUCCUAAUCCUGAGAAACCUGUGGGUUCGCAGAAGCUGAUUGCGGUGUGUGCGACCGUGGGUGUUGUCGCUGUGGUCAUUUCUGUGGCGAUUCUCAUUACUGUCAAGAAGAUGAUUUCAAGGCCAAGGCCACAUGCGUACCUCUUCUCUGCCUUGCGGCUUGCGGAUGACGAUCAGUGUAUCCACCCAGAUCCUGGAUCCCAGACCAGCAGCAACCGAGGAAGCUACCAGGCAGACUCAGAUGAUGAGCUCAUUCAAUGAUCAAAUGUACAGAAAUUGGAUCUUCAGAUGAGCUAACUUCUAGAAUGAGCUACUCCAGGGUGACUUGCAAUCUUUGGAUUUCUUGUCUAGUCAUGGGGACACAGCUUGGUAGUUUGUCAUGCCUUUAUAAGGACAACUUUAAUGCAGAAAUGUGAAAUCAUACUUACCAGAUAUUUAUUGCUCGACUCAGGGUUAUUUUCUAUUGAUGAUAUAUAGUUCUGUCUUGUGAAAGCACUGUUGAGUAGGCCUACACUGUUUUCCACUGUCUGUGCUGUGUAGAGGUAACUUGUAAGGUACUCACAGUGAUGGAUCAUAAGCCAAUGAUUCAAAUGUGAUAAAACAAGCACUAGGCAUGAAGGCACUUCAACAAUGUCAUGAGAUCAGAACAUAACCACAUCUUCAAUAUAAAUUGCAAAAGCCAGAUGUUUUUAUCAUAGAUUUUCCAUUGAUUUGACAAUGUGUUAUUAGCUUGUGAGCAAAUUACAUACAAUAUAUUGCCAAAGGUAUUCGCUCACCUGCCUUGACCCACAUAUGAACAUCCCAUCCUUAAUCCAUAGGGUUUAUUAUGAUGUUGGUCCAUCCUUUGCAGCUAUAACAGCCUCAACUCCUCUGGGAAGACUUUCCACAAGGUUUAGGAGUGUGUUUAUUUUUUUACCAUUCUUUCAGAAACGCAUUUGUGAGGUCACACAAACUGAUGUUAGACGAGGAGACUGGCUUUCAUUAUCCGCUCUAAUUCAUCCCAAAGGUGUUCUAUUGGGUCGAGGUCAGGACUCUGUGCAGGCCAGUCAAGUUCAUCCACACCAAACCUUGCUUUGUGCACUGAUGCACAGUCAUGUUGGAACAGGAAGUGGUUAUCCCCAAGUUUGGCUCGAUCCUUUAGUUCCAGUUAAAGGAACUGUGAAUGCUUCCAAGAGAUUUUGGACAAUUCCAUGCCCCCAACUGGGAUGGCCACUAUAAUAAACCCUAUGGGUCAAGGAUGGGAUGUGACUGAAGUUCACAUGUGAGUCAAGGCAGGUGAGCGAAUACUUUUGGCAAUAUAGACUGUUAUGGUACUUACAUCAUUGACACUUGUCAGGGAUUUAAGCAAUAAGCUUGUUAGUGACAGUGACAGUGAUUUUUGAACAGCUAAGGGGCAUUGCACUGUAACCUACGGACUUGUGGCUUAUUGCUUUUCUAAAAUGAUUACCACAUAUACAGUACUUUGCAAGAUUUCACAAAAUAGGCUAAAGGAACGGCAACGAGAAAUGUUCCCUCUAUCAGAAUGGUUGCCAAGCAACACCAAGACGCAGCAACUGUAACUUUUGUAUUAAUUUGUAGCGCAGUAAUGUAAGAAUGAAAUUCGGUCACCGUGAAGAGUUUGUGCUGUAUUUUGGAGGGGUGGUGGUUAAGGAGGCGGGCUAGUUCCCUGCGUUCAUUGUUGUCCUUGAGUAUGGCACUUAACCCCAAAGUUGCUGGGUACAGUGUAAUCCCUUGUAAUAGUUUGACAUAAUAAGUCACGUUGGACAACAGUGCCUGCUAAAUUUAAAUGUAAUGUAAAUUUAUAGUUUAGUUCAACAGCAUUGAACACAAUUCAGCCAAUCAUAAUAACUAUCCGUUUUACAAAAUGAGUUUAGGCCUAUAGCAUCGACUGUGAAAGGAACAUGACUUGUGGUGUCAGUGCUGUCAGUAAACUGUCAUUUGAAUAUUUUCAAACCAUAUCUGCAGGAAUUUGUUGAGACUGAGGCGAUUUCCUGUUUUUCCUUCUCUGUUUUUUCCGAUAAAAAUGUUAGCUGCUCUAUGUACAGUAAC